AAGGUAAAAUACAUUGAAAUUAAUUAAAUUUCUUGAAAAUAUGAUAUAAGUGAAAAUGCAUAUAGAACUGCAUAAUCUUAAAACGCUAAUCAUAAUCAACAAUUGAGUAAAAAACUAAUUAGAACUGCGUCAUCUAAAAAACUAUUCAGACUUUGGAAAAAAAAUUUAGUAGAAAAUUUUAAACUAACUUGAAAGAGCAAAAAAUAAAAAAUAAAAGAGAAAAAGCGAUGAAUGAACCUACCAUCAGAAGCGUCGAACCAGAGCAAGUGAUGGAAGAUGAUGCCAUUUUGCUUUGGAGUUUGCAAAUUGAUCAUUUUUCCUUUUACCCUGUAGAAGACAAGGAGAAAGAACAAAAAUUAUGUCUAACAAUAAAAAAUCUUUUGACUUUUAUGUUCAUUAACGUUCUAGGAUUUAAUAACAAGUUGGCUCUUGUGUUUUUUGUAUUAAAUUAAGGACUUAUUUAGUAAUUUUAUUUCUAAUUUGAAAGUUUUUCUGUGCUUACGGCCCAACCAAAAAAGAACUCGCCAACGCCUAAGUGUACGCUCAGAACAAUGGGGCUUAUGCCUCGCUGUACUUUCACCCCCAAAUUUCCCCGGUGUUUUUUACUACGCCCCGCCCCGGGACUUGCCCCAGAAACGCCUUGUAAAACACUUUUUAUUUAUUUAUAAAGUAGUGUCAAUUUCAUUAGAAUUCAGUACCAAGUAGGUAAUAUAAAGAAUACAAAAACAAGGGACUAAAGAUUUCAACUAUGUCUUCAUGCCAUCCAAAAGAUCUUGGGUGAAUGGUACUUUAAUUCCUGAUUGCGAAACUAGUUUGAACACUUUCCUUUUUCGGGGUCUUCUUUUGGUGGUUCUCUUAUUUCAUUUUGAUUUUCACGCAGCAAAAUGCCCAUGUUCCUUUUAUUGUGCUUCUUUAGUGCAUUUACCCCUUUCCUCAGAGUGUUGUGUACUCGAGUACAAUACUAGUAGUAUUGGUGUGUCUAUAUAUCUUGUUCUCCUAGUCUUUGAGAUUUUUCAGAACAUUUAAUUAAGACUUCUAUUGCAUUAUUUGUUUAGUUGUGUUUAGAAUUACUGCUUUUGGAUCGCAUAGGGUUAUUUUCAUACCCGAGUGUCUCUCAGCUGGUGUCUUGUGCAUUUGUGCUCGGGUGUUUUUGCUUAUGUCGCAUGUAGGAGGCUCUCGCCUAUUUUGAGGAAGUGAAACCAUAUAUUGCAUGUGCAUUCCAAUAUUUGUUAAUUGUUAUUUCUCUUGCCACACUUAAUUCCUUUUUUCUUUUUUUCAAUAUACAAAAUUGGAAUGGUACAUAUCCAAAUGGAGUGGAAUGGUUAUUGAAGAUUCAUAUGGCGAAUGGCUGAAUGUGCCACCUGAAGAAGCAACUGUAGAACCUGAGGAAGUAUUAUCAGUUAUUAAUUCUUUGAAGGAAAAAGUUGCUUCUGAACGUGCUGAGUAUAUAAAGAAAAGGGUAGACGGAAAUACACAAAAGUUGGAGAAUCUGACAAAGGAUCUUUACAAUUUGGCAACAGAGAGAAAAUCUCUUGAGAUCUUUGGUGCUGACAGAACAGUUGAUCUACUAUCGAAAAGGCAGAAGGAUGCAAUUGAUAUGCAAAAUGGCAUUGAUACCAAUAAUGGAGAUGAUGAUAGCAAUAGCUCUGAAGAUGACGGAUACGCCACUUCUGCAAUUCUUUUAGGAUCAAGUAUUGCAGUCAAGAACGCCGUACGUCCCAUUAAACUUCCAGAAGAGAAAAGAAUACCUCCAUAUACUACAUGGAUUUUCUUGGAUAGAAAUCAGAGAAUGACUGAGGAUCAAUCUGUGGUUGGUCGUAGAAGAAUUUAUUAUGACCAGAAUGGUGGAGAAACUUUAAUUUGUAGUGAUAGUGAUGAAGAAGUACUUGAAGAAGAAGAAGAAAAGAAGGUGUUUGCAGAGUCCGAAGAUUAUAUGCUGCGAAUGACGAUCAAAGAAGUUGGCUUGUCCGACAGUGUGUUGGAAUUGCUAGGACAGUGCUUGUCUAGAAAACCUAGUGAAGUGAAGGCGAGAUAUGAAGAUCUUGUUAAGAAAGAUAAUGCAGGCUCUUCAAAGAAUGAGUACACGGAAAGUUCUUUAGAUUUAUAUCUUGCCAAAGAUCUUGAUGCCGCUCUGGAUUCUUUUGAUAAUCUAUUUUGUCGUCGAUGUCUUGUCUUUGAUUGUAGAUUACAUGGAUGUUCACAGGAUCUUAUUUUUCCUGCUGAAAAACAACUACCAUGGUACUGCUCUAAUGCAGAUAUGGAGCCCUGUGGUCCAAAUUGCUACAAUCUGGCUAUAAAGUUCGAAAGUAAUGCUACUACAAUGAUCUGUCCUCAGAGCGCUACUCAUGGCAAAAAAUCUGUCCUGCCAUCUGACGUUGCUAAUAAUACUCAGAUGCCAAGUAGGAAGCAUGUGUCGAGAAGAUCAAAGUCUUCACAAGGUGAAGGUGCUCCAUCAAAUGCGAAAAACACCUCGGAGAGCAGUGAUUCAGAGAUUAGACCCAUAAAUAAUGUCACUCCUAAUGAGCACUCUUCAUCUCCAUUGAAAAGCAAAUCUGCCAGUAAAGAUGGGAGCAACAAAAGGAACAGCAAGCGAAUAGCUGAACAUGUUCUAGUUGCCAUUAAGAAAAGGCAGAAGAAAAUGACAGCUUUAGAAUCCGACUCUGUUGCAAGUGGAAGUCUAGGUUCCAAAGAUUUGAAUCUUCAUUGUAUUUCACAGAAGGAAAAUGAAGAUGUGAGUCCAUCUUCACAAAAAACACAAUGUAAUAGUGCUAAAAGGUCCAGGAGGAAAAACUCUCCAGUUUUGGACAGUAAAAGUUCUUUGCAAGGAGAGGCUUUUGGUUGCCAAUUGCUGGAAGCUACCAGUGACAAACCUGUGACAAAUUAUGAUGACUCGUCGAGGAAAAAUGAAUAUGUGGGUGAGAGUAACUGCAAACAAGAAAUAGAUAGUGCUAAAUCUUGGAGACCCAUUGAAAAGGCUCUCUUUGAAAAGGGUCUAGAAAUGUUUGGUAGAAACAGCUGUUUGAUAGCUCGAAAUCUCAUGAAUGGUUUGAAGACAUGCUGGGAGGUUUUCCAGUAUAUGAACAAUUCCGGGAAUAAGCUAUUCUCAGGAGCAUGUGAUGGGAUGAAUGGCGGUCUUGAAGGUGGUUCCAACGAUGGUCAGGAAAUCAUGGGUAAUGAACCUCGAAGAAGAUCCAAAUUUUUACGUAGAAGAGGCAGAGUUCGCCGUUUAAAAUACACAUGGAAAUCUGCUGGAUAUCAUGCAAUUAGGAAACGGAUUUCUGAGAGGAAGGAUCAACCCUGUCGGCAGUUUAAUCCAUGUGGCUGUCAAGGCCCUUGUGGAAAAGAGUGUCCCUGCAUUGUAAAUGGGACCUGCUGCGAAAAAUACUGUGGAUGCCCAAAGAGUUGCAAAAAUAGGUUUCGUGGUUGUCAUUGUGCCAAAAGUCAAUGUAGAAGCCGUCAAUGCCCUUGCUUUGCUGCAGGCAGGGAAUGUGAUCCUGAUGUUUGUCGAAAUUGUUGGAUCAGUUGUGGUGAUGGUACUCUUGGGGUUCCUCCGCAAAGAGGUGAUAGUCAUGAAUGCAGGAAUAUGAAGCUACUUCUCAAACAGCAACAAAAGGUUCUUCUUGGUAGAUCUGAUGUUUCUGGCUGGGGAGCUUUCUUGAAGAAUACUGUUGGAAAGCAUGAAUACCUUGGGGAGUACACAGGUGAAUUAAUUUCACACCGUGAAGCUGACAAGCGCGGAAAGAUUUAUGAUCGUGAAAAUUCUUCAUUUCUAUUCAAUCUAAAUGAUCAGUUUGUGCUUGAUGCUCAUCGGAAGGGCGAUAAACUAAAAUUUGCAAAUCAUUCUCCUGUUCCAAAUUGCUAUGCUAAGGUCAUGAUGGUGGCUGGAGAUCACAGAGUUGGUAUCUUUGCCAAUGAAAGAAUUUGCGCUGGAGAAGAACUCUUUUAUGAUUAUCGUUAUGAGCCAGACAGUGCACCCGCGUGGGCGAGGAAGCCUGAGGCAUCUGGUACUAGGAAAGAGGAUGCUGCUCCUUCCAGUGGUCGUGCGAGGAAACAUACAUAAUUGAGCGUCUAUUUAACUGAUUUUUGAUCCGUUAAUAUCAUUCUUCUUUCCAUAGAUCCUCGCUGAUGACCAUGAGAUGGAACUUCUAAUCAAUUUAUUGCUGGAGAAGCCAUUGCAAUCUCCAUGGUAACUGAUCAUAGACUUUUUUGUUUCUGGACUAGGCCCUUCUCAGCUUUGAGUGUAUUCAAGCGGGAAAAUUGUUAGUCUUAGUAGUUUCAAAGUACAUUGUUUCUCAUGUAACAGAACAUGCAACAUUUGUUCAAUUAUUUGCCCAAAUCUUAUUGGAAUCUCGUAAAGAUAGGUGUUCCAUGAGAUUUGUUGAUAUU